UCGGUCAUAAACCGGCACGUGACUUCUGCUUGUCCCGGGUUGUCAUGACAACUGCCCAACGGCGCUAUUCAGGGAACUCGUUUUAAAAUGCUUCCAAAAACAAAGGAUAUAGCGGAAAUGCUAGGAGCUGGCAAAGAGGACGCCAAACCAGAGCCUGUACUGGUCCCUUUUCUAGAACUGACCGGUGUGGCGCAGCUUCCAGAGAACACCAACUGUCUGACGUGCACAGCAGACGGCAGAUUUCUAGGCUUGGCUCACAAUCAGGGCCUCUCUGUGUGGUGCGCUUCCUCUUUCACCCGGGUUGCGGAAUGGCUUCAGUCACAGCUGGAAUUGAUCUUCAUCCAGAUGACCAGAAUGGCUGAGAUGACCUAUCUGCUUGGGACCGUGGAUGACAUGGGUGUUGCCAGAGUGUUUGGAUUUCACUCAGACGAUAUUCAUCUUCUCAGUAUUAUCAACAUAAUGGAAGAUGUCACUGUAAGAAGCAUUUUUUUGACAUUUGACCUACAUGAAGGUGGGCAUUAUGGAGCUGCAUCAGUAAGCUGCAAUGGUGUAGUGUGGCUAGAGGUCUAUCAGUUUCCUGUAGAGCAAUGGCUGAGAGAGCUAGAGAUGGUGUCAUCACAAAAAAAGGAUGAAAAUUUAACCGAAGGAUUGGACAUAAAAUGGUCUCCAUUUACACUGAUGAUGAAAAUCUCUCCACCUACACUUCCAACGGGAAAGCCAUUGGACUUUUUGACACACUGUUUGACUGUCGAUAUAAUCAGAAGCAGCCGCCUUCACAAGGAACAACCCUCCUCCAGUUCAGAUGCUGCAACAACAAAGAAGACACAUGAAAGCCCGAGUUGCACUCAGCACUUUCUCCUGCCUUGCCAUGGGCCAACUGGGGACAGUACAGAAAACCCAGCGGGACUCCCUGUGGCUGUCGCUGUGUGGUGGAGCGGAUCCACUAGUCUCCUUCAGUAUUUGCUGCAAAAAACCCCAAAGAACAAAUCAGGAAGAACAUCUAAUUAUUUAUCAGAUGUGACACCCAUGCCAGAAAUGCUGUGGCCAAAUGCGAAGGAAAUCCUCUGCUCGGCUGUCAGCAGAUGUACUUACUUGAUUGCUCUCGGGCUCGAGGAUGCUAUGGUGUGCAUCUGGAACAGACAAUCUGGAGCCCCGGUCUCAAUUGUUCUGGUGCCAGGAGAAACCAAUGCCUUCUCCAGGAUACAGUUUGUUGACAACUGGUCUGUUCCUGCUCAGGACUGUGUCACUGUGGGCACAGAACCGGUCAGAAUGCUGACGUCGUGUAAAAACGGAGCAAUUUACAUGGUGACUGCAGGACUAGGCAUGCGGUCCAGCUCCAUCCAGCUCUUCCAAAGACCAAAAGACAGCAGGGAUCUCCCGACUGUUGCUAUACCUGUGCCUUUCCUGCAGGCUGUGUCACUUAUCAUGCAAAGAAGUGGAAACAUGUUCCUGACAGAAGCCAUCAGCAGAGAAACCGUGUGCUACCUGACUCUUCCGACAUCCCACCAAACCGCUUCACUCUACAAUCCCGUUUACACGCUAAAUGCCGAACAGCGAGCGCUGUUCAUACGAGUCAGUCUGACAUCACUAAGCCUCACAUUGAUUGUCCCAGACAGCCAACAGCACAUCACCAUGGUACCCUGGAGGAAAUCUGCAACGUCUAUCUUGAGCAAAGAGCGCAAUCUGUGGAUGACAGGAACAAAGCUCUUGAGCAAACAUGGGGAAAGAUGCAGAAAACCGCGUCGGCGUUGCAGCGCACACGUCGGAGCCGCAAACAUCAGAAGAAUGUCAACAAAUGAGUCACUGAUAGGGGACAGUGAGAGGGCCGGAGACGUGAACGAUCCGGUUAAGACGGUGGCGUUUUCCGCGUCGCCGGCGGAGGCGGCGUUGGGGUGGUCGGGGAAGAACCAGUACCAGAGGCCCAGCAGCAUGAUCCUGUUCCUCAUCCGGGCCUUGUUGAUCGCCAGAGGGUUGAGGAUGGCGCUCUGCCUGUCCAGGCUGAUCACCACGGUGACGAAAGCGCAGGAGUACAUGGCCAGCAGCUUCAGAAACAUCAGCAGUCUGCACGCAAAGUCCCCCGCGAGCCACUGGACGGUGAUGUUCCACGCCGCGUCCACGGGCAUCACCACGAAGGUCACCAGCAGAUCGGCCACGGUCAGGUUGACGAUCAGCACCCUGACGUGGGAUUUCCGCUUCCCGUCCCUGUGCGCCGCCCACAGCACGGCCAGGUUGCAGAAGGCCGACGCGCCGCACAGGACGAACGUGAUGAUGACUCUUACUUUGGCCGCUGUGGUGAAGGUGGGGAGCUGCGGGACGUCUGCCGCGGCUGUCAGGUUGGAGGCGGCCAAAGAGCAGUUGGAGAUGAAGGUAAAGUUUGCAUUUCAUUUGUUGAAUCCUUGUUGCUUGAAGUAAAGUCAGAGGUUUUCAGCCAGUGAUGGUUUGGGGUGUCGACCCACCAUGUCGAGUAUUCAUAGACAUGAACAUAGGUCUCAGAAGGCGGACAUUUCUGCUUAAAACAUCUUGUUUACUGAUUGUAUGAAACAUUCUAACUUCCGAACACUAAACUUCCUUUCUUUUUUUAUUAUUUCUUGUUAUUUGUAAGUCAUAAUCAACAUCACAAGAAGCAAUGGAUUGAAAUAUUUCCCUCUAAUUAAAACCUAUUUAAAAACUACUUUAAAAACUACUGAACGUUUUUUUUAUUUGAUACUCAGAUUUCCGACCUGCGCUUGUGUGAGUUCGAGCUGUGGGCAUAAAAAUAGUUUGGUUUCCACAGCGACGCUCCUGCGGAUCUGCACUGAAGACGGUUUUUGCCUGCAUGAGCACCAACGCUGUUUGUUAUUUUCUCCGCAUUCUGAGCUUUCCACGGAAAUGCAGUCAGGUGAAGCCGGUGAAUCCGACAUAUCGGGUUUACCAGCACCUGUUCCCGUUUGAGACGGGCGAGCAGCCUGGCUUUUAACUAAUUAGCGAGGAGCGUUUUAACGGGUCACCGUUCACAGCAGGAGCACUUCCCUCUGAUCUCCGUCCGGUUACAGGACCAUUUGGAUCAGUUAAAACGUAACGCAAAUUCCUUGGUAAAAAAUUAAGAAAAUAAAUAUAUAAUUAAUGAGAAAAGAUUUGAAAAAAAGAAAGAAAAACACCAUCCCACCAUGGAUUUUAUCUGUACUUUUGUUGAACCAGACAAUAUGGUUGGGAGAUUUUACAAAGUCAAUGUGAAAUCAAAUUAGUGGUGCAAAAACCCGGAAGAGACGGAUAGAGAGAUUCAAAUACAGCAUCUGCUGACCAAAACAAGGAAGUUUUAAGUUUUUAAAUGUAAGAGAAAUUACAACAUUUCACUUACAAGCAAAAAAAAAAAAAAA